AAAAUUGGGUAUCAAAUUUAUGUGAGGCCGUCCUUAGUUGUUUACGACACACGCAACACGUAUACCUUACAACCCUUGUAAACUUCUCCGGAAACUCUUAUUUAUGUCCAUUCUGUCAAUCUCAAUAUAAUCGCAUACUUAGAGAAAGUGCUUAAUUAGGUUUAUUAAGCAUGGCUCUUUCUCGUACUCUAAUAAUAAUCCUUGUUGCAUUUUCUACCAUCUUCUCAACCAUAGCUGUCGAAGAAUACAUAGUUGGAGAUGACUAUGGUUGGAGAACAUUAUUUGAUUACCAAGCUUGGGCUGCAGACAAGAAUUUCUAUGUUGGGGACCGGAUUGUGUUCAAGUAUGUUCCCGGGUGGGACAACGUGGUGAGAGUGAAUCCAGAUGAGUUUAUAACUUGUUCAGUUUCUCCUAAUGCAAUAACAUUGAGUAGUGGAGAAGAUGAGAUUAUAUUUGGAGGCACAGGGGCAAGAUGGUACAUUUCAAGUAUUGGUAAUCAUUGUAAAUUGGGACAAAAGCUUGCUAUAUAUGUGUGGCCAGCAUGGUCUCCUCCAUUACCUUCUCCUGCACCAUGGACUCAGCCUCCUUAUGCACCAUGGACUCCUAUAACACCUUCCGCUCAUCCUCCUUAUACACCACCUGCACCAUGGACUCCUAUAACGCCUUCAAUAGUUACGCCACCUGCACCAUUGACUCCUAUAAUGCCUCCGUCUGAACCUCCUUAUGCACCAUCUGCACCAUGGACUCCUAUUACACCUUCGGUCGAGCCUCCUUAUGCACCUUCAAUAGCUACACCACCUGCACCAUGGACUCCUAUAACGCCUUCAGCUGAACCUCCUUAUGCACCAUGGACUCCUAUAACCCCUUCAACUGAAUCUCCUUAUGCACCUCAAAUAAUACCUACCCCAAUCGCACAAGCUCCACGGACUCCUGGAACACCUUCAUCUUCUAUACCUCUUGCACCUGCACCUUCCUCUAAGCUUCGUUAUGCUUCACGGACUACUAGCUUCUCCCACUUUGCUCGAUCAAUGCCAAAGAAACCAUUCAAAAUAUCUCGUUAAAAUUUACUAGGUGU